UUUACGCACUAACUAGUCCACAAGUUUGCGCGCAGGUUACCAAGCCGGUAUUAACCCUGUUUAUGAUCUUUGCCUCAUAUCUUGUUUGCAUUAGACGCCACGUACAUUUGUCGGGCAUAGGUUAGUGGUUUGCUCUGCAAGCACGAUCGAGCUCACGGCCAAUGGUGACGGAGAAACGCAACUCUAAUGAAACUGAGAAGCCUUGCAGUUAUAAAUCUGUUUAGGGUUUCGACAAUUUCUUACCAUAUUGUUUAUGUAUACGGUGAACAGGGAGUUUUCUUAACAUUCAGAGUGAGUGAAUAAUAAAGAUCGCAGUAUAUUUUACUGACUUAAUAACUUACAGGUUGGCUUCUCGUCUCCACAGCUGUGUGCGAGCUAGCAUGUAUACCGGUCUUCUUAUCGCAGGAGGAGUUGUAGCGAUUUAUUUAAUCGUGUACAAUACUUUCAUUAAACAACGAAGGUGUAAGAGCUCGGCUAAAUUGCACGGGAAGACUGAUCGUAACUGUUUUGUCUAUCACUCAGGGGCCAACACAGGCAUUGGGAAAGCAGCAGCCCUGGACUUGGCCAAAAGAGGGGCGAGGGUCAUCCUGGCCUGCCGAAAUCAGCAGAGAGCAGAAGCUGCUGUCUGUGACAUUAAGAGGGAAAGUGGGAAUGAUGAGGUGGUGUACAUGAAUCUGGACCUGGGGAGCCUGCAGUCUGUGCGCUCCUUCACUGAGACCUUCCUAAAGACAGAACCAAGACUGGACCUGCUCAUCAACAAUGCAGGUAUCUUCCUGCAAGGAAAGACAGAGGAUGGCUUUGGUAUGAUCUUUGGUGUCAAUCACCUUGGUCACUUCCUGUUAACUCUUUUGCUGUUGGAGCGUCUGAAGGAGUCUGGCUCAAGCAGAGUGGUAAAUGUGUCCUCCAGAGCUCACAUUUAUGGAUCCAUUGAUUUCAACUGCCUGAGCACCCACAAAGAGCUUGGUGUGGGAGACACUGCCUUUCAGAUCUUUCAAUUGUACAGCCACAGCAAGCUGUGCAAUGUGCUCUUUACUCAUGAGUUGGCCAAGAGACUGCAAGGAACCAGUGUCACCUGCUACAGCCUGCAUCCAGGAGGGGUCAGAACGGAUAUAGCUCGUUACACUCGUAUAUGGUGGAAGAUCCUCCUCAUUCCAGUAGCCUUGCUGUUCUGCGUAGAUGCAGAUUCUGGAGCCCAGACCACUCUGCACUGUGCCCUCCAGGAGGGCAUUGAGCCGCUGAGUGGGUGUUACUUCUCCAACUCUGCCGUGGCGGAUCUUCUCCCCAAGGCCAAGGAUGAUGCAGUGGCCAGAAAGCUGUGGGAAGUGAGUGAGAGACUGAGCGGCCUGUAGCGUAGUGGUUAAGGUGAAUGACUGGGACACGCAAGGUCGGUGGUUCUAAUCCCAGUGUAGCCACAAUAAGAUCCGCACAGCCGUUGGGCCCUUGAGCAAGGCCCUUAACCCUGCAUUGCUCCAGGGGAGGAUCGUCUCCUGCUUAAUCAACUGCCAAUAAUAUAAUGUAAUGUAAUGUAAUGAGCGGACUGUGCUGAAAGAACAUCAGCACCUGCCUUUCUGCACUCCUGAAAAACACGAACAAAAAUUAUUUUGUGCCCAUGAGUGCUUCAUGAUAGUUUGGGAAUAUCAUUUUAUAUGAAGUCCCUGGGCCAGGGGUCUACAACCACCCAGGACCCAGAGAGUUGCAGGUGGAUGGUGUAGCAAAAACUGAAGUAAAAGUGAAACUAGUCAUUGAAAUAACUACUUAAGUAGCAAAGAAUAAUAAAGUUAUCUUAUGAAAAAACUACUUGAAUAGUAAGUUACUUCAUAGGAUUUAAAGGGGCAUUAAAGGAGCUUAUGUUUCCACUUACUCGGAGUACUGUCCAGAUAGUUUCAUAGAGAUACAGUCCCCUCCAUAAGUAUUGGAACAGCAAAGCCAAUUCCUUUGUUUUUACAGUACACUGAAUACAUUUGUGGUUGAGAUAAAAAGAUGAACACGAGACAAGAGUUCAGAAUUUCAGCUUUCAUUUCCUGGUAUUUACACAAAGAUGUGUUGAACUACUUAGAACAUAGCACCGUUGGUAUCAGACCACCCAAUUUUUAGGUGAGCAAAUGGGAACAGAGAGUAUUUCAGUAAAUAAAAGGCUAAAACGAGUAGACACUCUAUUUAUUGUUUAACCGAUCAAUCUAACCCACCUUCAAGCGCAAACUGAAGACCUCUUCAAGCAUCACCUCUCCCCGUCCCUCCCUACCUCCCUGUGAACCUUAAUUGUUGUCUUUGUGAUUUACUUUGUGUAUUGGUAUUUGUAGUAUGCUAGGUAAGCAGUGUUUGGAUAGUUAAGUUUGGUCACUUUUGCUUUGUUUGUUUAUUUGUUUGUAAAAAAUAAAAAAAUAAAAAAUUAUAAUUCAAAUAGGCCCUGGUCCUUAUCUUUGUUGUACAGGUAGCAGUUGAAAUUGUACUUCCCUCUAGGGUCCUUCAGCGCACUUAUCCCUGGUUAUGGGUAUGCACUUUGUUGUACGUCGCUCUGGAUAAGAGCAUCUGCCAAAUGCCAUGAAUGUGAUGUAAUGUAACAGGACACAUCUGGGCAACAAGAAACACCUGUCAGUCAUGU